CGUCGACUAGUUCCAACGCUUGCGUCCCUACACCGGGCUUGAAUAUUUUGUUUUUAAAAGUGAAAAACACGAAUACUAUUGACAUCGAGAACCGCGAACCUUGGCAUGCAUCAACGAUUGUCGUUAUCUCGAGUAUUUCGCCAGCUUUGUGACUAAUGCUUUGGACAAAUUACUUACCACACGCCGGGAGUUUCAUUCUUUCGAAACAAAUGAUGGUGCAGACGCCAUCUUAGGUAAUGCGCGCGGGAACCAGCGGCGGCGGAGGGAGGGGAGAGGAGGGAGAUUCAAUUGAAUAUUUUUUUAUGGAUGUCGACGUGGCGAAAGGUGGAGGAGAAAUUUAAUUGACGAUUUUUGGUGAGAAGGCUUGAGAUCGUUGCAGAAUAUAGCUAUUGGUUGUCUCCUCAUCUGUUGAAUCAAGAACCCGGAGAUAAUUCUUCUGGAAAAAUUCUGAGGAAAAUGUUUUGAGAAAUUUUGAGGAAAAUUUUUCCUGGAGGAAUUCCUGCUGAUGGUGCACCUCCUGGGGUAUCUGGGUUACGUCGUGAGAAAAAUACGUUUGAAAAAGCUGAGGCUCCAUCCAGGGAAGAUCCAGCGAAGACCUUCCGGUAAUUCUCCUGGAGUUUUCUGAAGGAUCUGCAGAGGACAAAAAAAUUUCAACGCAGCACAUCGAUAUCAUCUUUAAUAUGCGGUAAUGUUACCUCUAAAAAGCAUAACUCCUUCUCUUCUGGAACGUGAAGCCGGAAGUGAUGUUUCCAGCGAUUCUUUUUCCGUGAUGCGUAAUCAUUCAGAACGGUAGCGAUCCAGGAAAGCUAUUCAAAUAGCUCCAGCAAGUUGAGUGGUAACGGGUGGUUGAAGAAAUCCACCUUUGGCUUUCUUCUGGUCGCUCUUGGAAAUCCCGAAGAGAUGCGUCAAAGUACUUUCUCGUUUCUUUGUUCUUCAUUCUCUUCUUCUUCCUUAUUUUUUAUAUCCUCAACCUCCGCUGAUGCUCGACGAUGCAGUCUUCAUCCUUCCCGGGGGGGCUCAAGUGCCUCGAGGAGGCGAGAACAGAGCCAGCAAUUUGCGUAAUUGCGAUAUCCACGGUGUGCUCGAGAGAUCCGACGCACGUUUACUUGCACAAUGUUGAAGGUUAAAGUGGGGAAAGAUGGACCACUGAAUUUACAAUGCUUGAAGGAAAAUGAGGGAAAAAAAUUGAUGCAAAAUUGGGGGUAAAUAAAGGUUUUAUGGUCAAAGGAUUGUUUGAGGUCAGGGAUGUUCUCUCAUGUUUUUAUGAAGUCCAUACGAUAAUUAAUUUAUUUAUUUGCGAGACGUUCUAGGGCCUUCAUGCCGAUUUAAACGCAUUAACUUUUAUGGUGAUAGAUCGUAUGUAUCGUGGCUUCGAUUCGGACUAAAAAAUAUUAAUUAUUUAUAUUCUCUCGGUAUCUUUUAUAGAUCUUCCGAAGAUUCUUCUGAGAAUCGUUUUAGUGAACCCUCAGGAUCUUGAAAAGUCUUCCAGCAUCGACUGAAAGCUCUUCACAAGACAAUUUUGGAAGAACUUGAAGAAAUUUCGUUAGGAAAUCUUCGAAAUACAAUUUUUUUUUCUCUAAAAAAAUUUCCUGAAGAGCUUUCAAAGUCCUCUGAAGAGCUUUCCGGUAUCUCUGGACAACUUUAUCCCCUAAAAAUUUUCCUGAGCCACCAGAAAAAAGACGACUAAAGUAAUCUCUAGGAGACUCUUCGACAGCUUCUCCCACAAACUCCUGAAAGCUAUUCCAAGUACACAUUUUCUUCCACAUGUCUUAUCAUAAAUAGCCAGCACUACUUAAUUAAUACCGAGUGUAGGUGUAAGGAAAUGUGUCAAGAAGUUUUUAUAUAAGUGAUUCAACUGCGUGGAGACUCAAUUAGUCCCCCUUUAUGAAUUUUCAUAAGUGAACCCGUGUAAAGGGAAAUCGAGUGCAAGAAAAAUUCGCAUUUUUUUUUUUCUGAAUAAUUUAAUGUACAGUGAGGUACAUUCUGGAGGUACGGAGGCGUUUGAGAACCGUCAUGGUAGGCAGUGGUGAACCAGAGCAAGAUAUACGUGUGCACGGGUUGGGCUACCGGUCGGUCGGGUCGGGUCGCUGUUCUCCUGUUGUUUCAUUCUGCUCUUUUUAGUCACUUUUGUUGUUUCUCUAUACUCUCGAAUCCCCUUUUUCCCCCCGUGGUCUCUCUUAUCUCUCUCGUUCGCCUCAUCCCGAUUCGUUUUUACACGUUCACGGGGUAUGUGGUGGUAUCUGUUGUCCAAUUGUUUUAUUACAGUUUGUAAAGGCCGACGUCGAUCGGAUGGUGGCUUUUGUUGGUGGUAGGGUUCUAUUGUUGCCUCUUGCAGUUUAAGGAUGGGGAUAUUUGUUGCUGGGGGUUGGAGAUUAGCUGAGGGUGACGAGAGAAUUUUUUUUAUUGAAAUUAUCCUGACGAUGUCAGGGAAAUAUCCGGAUAUUCCCUGAUGGGGAUGUGGACAUCUGUUUUGUCAAAUAAAAACGUCCAGUAGACCCUCUCUUGUCUGAGUCUCAUCCAGUGGACUUCUUUGGGCUUGGGGGAGGUCCAGGGAACGUCCAACGACUGUCUAGGGUCAGUCAAGGGAUGUUCCCUUUCCAAGAAUUUCAAACUCAUCUGUUGAUCGUGAUGGAGCUCCUCUUUUACUCUUCUACCCUGUCAAGCUGCUCGUGUUAUCAUAAAUUUCGGUCUAGGGACAACUGAUGGACGUCCCCUCGACAUCUCAACUCAGUCGAUAAAUUGCAACAUCUGAACUCACCAAAAGGUCUCAAGAACGUCCCCUCAUUUUAUCCAAAUGUCUUCCGAAAAAAUUUCCCAAUUUUCGUCAGAAUUAUAUUCAGUCUUUCGUUACCUCACGAGGUAAUUAAUUUCCUCGAGUAAUGGGGUCAGGUAUGAGUUCAGCGAGUGCGUGGCCUGCGCACUGCAUCACCAGGGGAUAAUCAAUAUCAGCUCGGAAGUUUUCCCCGGAUAACAACUUCGAUACCAUGUGUGACAGUUCUAGACGUUCUCUUCCCUGAUAUCGUAGUCUCCACCUCACGCGCAAUCAAUCGGGCCAACAGGCCCAGUACAACCUAAAUAUGGUGAUAAUUCCCCUCAUCGUCAUCAAUUAAUGUCUCCAACCGAUUUCGUUCAUCCGGUGUCAUCGCAACAUGGUGUAAAGUGACUGAAACUCGUGUCAAGAUGGAUGGCAGGAUGAUGUUGGGUGUCAACGUCGGCGUCAUCGUUUUGCUGACGAUAUUCACCGGAUUCCUAGUGCUUCCAUUGAAACUACUUCUGAAUGCCAAUCACGCGGUGCAACGGAAUACUUCGUUGAAUACUACAGAAAUAAUUGAGGAAGUGAUUGAGUUUCGGAGGCUGCGAUUGUGCCCCGCAGGGUACAAAUACUGGAUUGCAUCGACUUUCAUGAGUAAUUACGACAGAAAUUGUACGUAUGAAAGUCCCAGGAACUCCAAUGAACCAAUUGACAAUGGGAAAUCGAAUGGUGGACAUUUACCAAGUGGCUUCCGAGUUAUUCGUCCCAAAUCCGUUCCUGUGACUGAUCAUAUCCUCGCGCUGAUGCUCAUCGUUUCCGUCAUCGGGGCCUUCGUGGAGCUGCUGAAGCUGCGGUUCAUCAAUCCCGAGGACACAAAGGGUGACGGUGUGACGUCUAGGAGGCAAUCGAUUGUUGAUCUUAUGCUACCGAGGAAGUGCAUAUCCCGGGAGCCGAUCAAGCCGCAGAUGUCGUUGGACAUGCAGAGGAUCCAUCGAUCGCCGCUGAGAAUGCUCGCCACGUCGAAGGCAGGUUGCGUUCCGCCGUUGAUUCGUCGUUCCUCAUUUCCGACUUAUUUCACCCUGGAUGGCACUAUUUGUGAUUCCUCUACACCACCACACUCAUCAAGACGGCCAUCAGUCACCGCGGAUGGUGAAACCGGUGUCAACACGUCUGUUCUUCAUCGCCGUGCACGACUCAUUCGUCGCUGAGGUGAUGUUUUUUUUUUUCAACGAUUGGAUAGGCACAUUGUGAUCGUCAAUCAAUGUUCUUUCGGUGAGAGUAAAAAAGGGUACAAAUUAUUCGCGAAGAAGCUGCCGAAGGAUUUAAUCAUUCCGGUUAAUCUUUUCAUGCGCAUGUUCAGGGAAUAUUGGAGACACUUGUGGACGGGUUUCUUCGUCAACGGCUAGUGGAUACACUGAUGGGGGACUAUUUUUUGACUGAAGGCUGCUCUUUCUAUCUCCAAUUUUUGGAUAUAUUUCUAAGACUACGUCGGAUAUAUAUUUUUAUCCUUUUAUCAACUUUGAAAUUGAUCUCUCCGGUGAAUGUGGAGGGCAUCACUUCUUUCAGAUCCUGAUAACAAUUUUUGUCGGUGUUUCUAAGGACUUCGUGUUGCAUUACAGAUCUCUGAAUGUGAUACUAUCAACUGUAUGUGAUAUUGUAUUCCGAAUUAUAUUUGAAAAAUAUAUGUUUAUCGAUGUUCACUAACACGAUUCUAUCGUCGUAAUCCAUUCGCGGGGAUUAAUUUUUUGAAAUUUCUAGGUGAAUUGUAUUUUUGUACUCACAGCGGCCUCUGACAAGCGACUGAGGAUAUAACGAAUCUCCAGCUGUUGGUACUGUAGAUAUCUCAGUUAACGCGCGAUCAGAAUUCAUUUGAAUUCAAGUAGAUACAGACGCGCGCUUUGUCUGGUCAGACAAGAACGGGGUCUAGAAAGAGAAGGAGCGUUAACAUUACGAGAGGGCUUCGCACAUUUAUUAACCAAUAAAAAAAUAUUUUAAUAAUUGAUAUUCACUUUAUUGUAAUUACAGCACCGAAGGUGCGCUGCAUAAUCGUAACCAUCAUAUCGAACAUUCUUGACAGUAAACAUUUUCUCUGGUCACUCCAGGUGACCAGAAAGCUCUUCAGGAUAAUCUUUGGAAGAUUCUUCUAGACAUUUUUUAAAUAACCAAAGGUGGAUAUUUUUCUACGUGGGUUUUGUGACUGUUCUCCGUAGAUUAAUCACAUCCAACGUAAGUUACAUAAUAAAUUCUUUAUCGUGGAUGCAACCAGCCACUUUCAGUCUCUGUUUUUAUUGCGAAACUCGGAUCAGCACUCCAUAGAUCACAGUAGUCCUCGAUUCAUCGAGAUGUAUUUACUCAACCGUCUCCACCUGUGCCAUUCAGCAACCGUGACUUCAACCACAUGUAGAACUCCACUUCGUCCUUGAAGACUUCUCUCAGUCGUUUUUGCGCGGUUGGUUUCAAGGUCAUCUUUGUAUUUUCACUGUGAGAAACCCUGUGAGGCCCUGAGGAUCGAAUAGACAGUCUCAUCAGUCAAUGGACCGUCGGAAAAAUAAUGUAUUGUAAUUGAUUGGAACUCACGAAUUUUUUUAUAAACUCUGAGGGCACCAGUGAAGAAGUAUGGAAACUUCUCCUCAAGCUCGGAUAGGGUCUCUUCCAUGUAUUCCAGGAGUCCGAUGACUUUAUACCAUUUCACGACAUUCGCUUUCGCUCGUUUCAGUCUCCAUUUGUUGUUAAUUUUACUGAAAAAAAAAUAGGGAAUUAAUUUACAAAACAGGACAUCAGAGGGUUUCACUAUUUUCUUCGUCAUUUUCCUUCGCUUUUAUUCGAUUCUGUGGUAUUACCACACAAUACCAUCAAUGUCUUCCCCUGGGGGGUGGGGGGUGGGACUGUCUAUGAUUUAUUUGGCGUAGAAUACCCGAUACAGUUUAUGCAAUCAAAAAAGUCAUUUCACAGUCACUUUCAUCGAUCUUUCGAUCUAAUCUUCAGUUCCGUAAUUGUCGAUCGUCGAAUUUAAUUUUAUGAUCCAGUGAAAAAUAAAAGAUAGUCAAUUUUUCACUAACAAUGUUCUUCGAGUCGAAUGAAAUGAGUCAGUCACAUCAUAAAUUGAUCACGCUCAUGUUGUCUGAUAUUGCAAAAUAGCAACGACAGCAGUCGAGAAAAUGGUCCAUCGAUAUCGAUCUAGUAAUCUACUUGUCUUCGAGACUAUUAUAUCUAAAUGGAAAGUCGAUGUGACAUGCUUACGUGCAUCGCGGAUCCUGUCCGCAGAAAUGAGGUAUAGAUCCCCGAUAAAUACCCGCAGCACCACCUCUACGGUACCUGUCACAGCAAAUCAUAUCUUUAAUUAACGAGUUGCAAAAACUGGAGUAUUGAAUAACCACAUUAGUCGGGAUUUGUUACAUAAAUUCCAGGAUUGUUAGCCGAUAAUUCCCAUCGCUCUGCCAUGAAUGUGCAGUACACUCGAUGAUUGCUCAAUUAUGAGAGUUUAAAAACGAAAGUGAAGUCGCUAAUUAGGGACGAAACUCCCGGGUAAUUAAUCCUGGUACCGUCAGGUACAAUAAAAAGUUGUUUAAUUCUAUUUUUGGCUUUUAGAUGUCAAUGAUCCAGGCGAUGUACCUUUGCAGAUUUAUGGGGUCCAUGGGGUCUCUCACUAGGGACGUGAAUACAGGCGCUUGUCUUCCAAAUUGGGAAAAAUUGAGGAAUCUGACGUCACCGUCGAAACUUAGGGGGAUGGCUUCUUGUCGGAUGAUGCUCGUUAUUUCCUCGACUAGUAAUUCCUGGAGUGGAAAUCAUUAUUACCAUAAAUUAAUUAUUUUAUCAUACCAUCAUAGGAUCAUUCGUAUUGGGGAGAAUAGGACAGACUUCAUGAUGACAAAGAAUAUUAGUUUUUUUUUAAGGAUCAUUAUGCAACUGAUUUGUUUAUCGACUGAUCAGGUGACUUUUAAAACGGAUAAAACGUUCUAUUCAAGAACGAGAAUGUUUUUAAUUUGAGGAACCGGAUAUUCCUGAUUCGCGCAAACCAAUAGUCUUAUGAAACAAUUCCACGAUUUAUUUAAUAAAGAAAUAUUUUAUUAUUUCGAUAAAUGCCAGUUGCAACGAUUAUUCAAGUCAACAUAAAAAACCCGAGUGGUUUGAAUAAUUAAUGAUUAUUCCACUGAUCAAUAAUUAUGACAAAUAAAUCUCUUCAGCAAUAAAUUUCCCCACAAAAUAACGUCUUUCCUAGAUCAAUGACGUACAUUUUUUCGUUAACAAUUUGUUUUUUUCUCAUUAUAAUAUUUAUCAUCAAUCACUCUAGUUCAUAAAGAUAUUCCCAGUGAGUAUUUUCAUUUCCUCGAGGUAUCUCCUUCUAACAUGAAUAUCAUUAAAAGCACUUCACGCUUUUGAUAAAUUUCCAUUGAAUUAAAAUAAAUCUUUCAGCUCUGGAAAACCUGAAUGAUUUGAAUCACUAGUGGGAAUAAUCCGUUCCCCAAAUUCAUUCGAACUCGCACUUCCAAUCAAUGACAUCAGACAAGUCACAACAACUCCAUAACUGUCUCACAAGAAACUCCUCUCCAAAUCUAAUCGAGAAUAGAUAUUCGAUUACGAAAUCGAAAUAGACCGGUCUUAAUCAGGGACCAGGGACUAGUCGCCCCUGUCUACUGAAUUUCAAUUCACAACUACUUCGAUAAACUUCGAUCAAUCCGAACCUAAUCCCUAUAAUUCGUGACAAAAAAAAUACUGGAGAGUCGAUCGUGCUAAAGUUCACGAGCCGCUAAAGUUCAGGCUCAGCAAUUACACCCGAAGACGUUCCCUAAAGGCUAUUGUUAAUCCUUUCACUCGACAUUUGUGAUUUCUUUAUCCUCACACUGCUCCAAUUGAAGUUCUCCCCUGAUCCCAUCCGAAUGUCCCGAAUUUUAGACUAGUAAACAAUAAUAAACCGGCACCGGACGUCCCACCGAUUCCACUCGCACUAUGAGACGUUCAUUCGCAGUUUAAUCGUGAAAAAUCCAUUGAAGUAUUUUUUUAAUCCACGUUAUCAAUUCACCUGUUGAAGUGUGGAAAGUAAUCCGCUGUCUCCUGGUGGCAGUCGGAUAUGUUUAAACGCAUUGUAGCCCUGUAAUCGUUGAAGUAUGAGAACGAGUAAUUCAACACCAGCACCUGGUACUCUGGUCACCAUGAGUGUGUCCUCAUUCAUCUCAGGCAGCAUUCCCCGGAUGCCGAGCUCGGCGAGUGAGGGUGUGACCGAAUGACGCGUCUGCAAAAUCAAUUGAAUUUGAUAUAAACAUUCUUCGAGGGUAAUUAAAAUUGUCUGAACACGUUGCGCGAAAGUUGUCGCUGAAUUUAUUGAUUUAACACCGGAAAUCGACGUUCAGUUAACGAGCUGUUGAUUCGUCUGUGGGGAUAAUUAGUGCGAUCGACGUAGGGAGUCGGUUUUUAUUUUGUUGUAAAAAUAAGUCAUUUGGAGAAAUAAUCAGAUAGUGGUGAAUUUAAUGGCCAGUGGAGGAACGAGUCAACGAUAAUUACGUCUUGUCAUUAGAGGCGGAAGAUUACACGAGGAAUUUUUAGUGAUUGUUGAUGACCUUUGAUUCAAUGUUUUCAUGAUAGAUUUAAUGUUCCCCUUUUGAACUAAUUAACUGAUUAACUGUAAUGAUGCUAACUAUUUUUACGAGGACAGUAUAGUUUAUCACCCGAGGAACAAAAUAGUAAUUAUAAUUAUUAAUUACUAUUUCAUGGAAGUUACAGAAAAAAUCCCCAAUUACUGACUUGAAAACUUGUUGACACAUCCUGAAGAUCUGAAAUGAUAUCACUCGUUCGCCUGCGGCUUCUCUCGUUGAUCUCCACUUCCUUCACUGGCUUCACAUUGAAAAUAAUGAAGAUCAGUGUCAACAGUCCCAGAAGCACUGUCACAAGUCCCCGCGCUCGUCUCAUGAAGACCGACAAACGAAGAAAAAUAACUACAAAAAAAUCAGAAAAUUAAUUCUCUCCUUCGGAAAUUCGUCGAAUGAAUUGUUUCAGUAUCUUCUUUGUUCAUAUCAGAUUAAAAUCAGAAGGAAGAUGGGAGUAGAGCACGGGGAUACACGUCUGGAGCGUGACUGAGGUGAAUGUGAGUGGGUCAGUCUGCAGACCCUGGGCCCCACAUUCCCGCGGAAAAGGUACACACGAAUCUUCCCCCACUUGAUUACACUUCAGGCAUUUCGUCUGCCUGAUUGUGAGUAAUUCGCCAGGUGGAAAUGGCAGUCCUAAGUGCUCUUGGGUAAUUUAUUGUGGAUUAUGCAAACGAGCUUGCACACAAGUCCAUAAUUAUUUGUAAUGAAGCCCAUUUUAUAUGGUCAAAGGACUUAUUCUAUUUUUAGUUCAUUUUUACAGAAAAUUAGGAGCGUAACGCUUUCCAACUCUGUCGGUGUUUUUUUUAUUCUCAAAACGCUUUAACAAGAAAAUUUAAUGAUUUAUAAAUCGUCGUGUGGAGGAAUUAAUUACUUCACGUGGCAGCAAUAAAAUCCAUUAGUCCGUAAUGAACAAUUUUCUCCGAAAAUAAUAAUUACAAAUUAUCUGGCGGACGCUUUCAUCAACCGCUUCAGCAACAUUGUUUUUUCAACAUCUAGACGCAUAUUCCCCGGGUCUCAGUGAAAGUUUGCGGCUUCUGAAUGCAUAUGUUCCCACCGAUUACUCAUUCAAACGGUCUCAUACAAUCCUCGGUGAAAGAGGGUCACUCCCACAGGCGAAUCCUUUCAUCAGUUUCACUCAGAAAGUGCAAGCAACAGCAUUCAUGAAAAAUCAAUUUUACGCAAGGAAUUUAUUCCUUCGUUUGAUUGUCUCCCAGCAAGUCAGGUAGAAAUGAAAUAGAAAUAAAAAACCAAAAAUCAUGUGAAAGACGGCAUGGUUUUUAUUCACCGAAAAAUUCUAUUAUCACAUAUGUGUAAUCCCAUCAAUAAAAAUAUAUAAUUUUACAACAUUGUAUGGGGUCGUUAAAUUCAUCAACUAUAUACAUCAUUUCAUAAAUAUGACUCUUCUUUCUUUCGUAAAAAAAGAUAGUUGAAUUUUGAGGUAGGCAAUUGCGAAAAACCAGCUCGAUAUUAUCAUCAAAAAAUAUUAUUGAAUUUGGUUCUGUAGUUUAUUGUCCAUCCACAAGGAUGAUCACUAAAUUUUCUUCCAACGGAAUAAACAUUUUCGUCAAAUCCUUACGCAUUAAAAAUAAAGACACUACUUCACUGAAUUAAUUCCACCAAAGUGUUCACAAUGGAAUACUCAUCAGCAGAUGAAACAAAAUGGAUACCACUAUUUUCAUUUUUAUUUUCAGUGUUUGAAAUUCAUCAAAUUCCACAAUCAUUAUUUUUUCAAGUAUCAAUAAUAUCCCUCUUUCCACUCUUUCAAUAUAUUUAUUCUCGUUAAAUUGAAUCCACAAACAACUUGAUAUGUAUUAGACGUCUAGCCGAACGUAUUAGUCACUGAUACCUUCAAAUUAGUCAUAAAUUAUGUUUUGAUUCCACCACUAAUCAAUACGGAAUAAUUAAUCAUUCCAUUUCAUUAAGUGACAACUCAACGUAUCGAUAAUCCAUUGCAUGGACAAUUCAACCCAUCGGCAUGUGCACAUAAUGUGUACAUAAUAUGUGCAUCAACGAAAAGGUGGUACCAUUGUUAUAGUAUUUAUCUUCGAGUCAUUUUCCAAAAAAUAAUGGGGUUCAUCAUUAUCCUGAUUUCUUCAAAAAUUGAUGAUUAAUAAAAUAAUGAAUUUACUGAAUUAUCGAUGCAAUGAAUAUCUGUGACAUCACUUGCAGUAUUGAACAGUGGAGUUACCAAUAUUUUGGCAAAAUAUCGGAAGAACAAUCUAUGCAAAAUUUUACGUUACAAAGGUUCCACUCAAUUUAUUUAAUUCCACCCUCGGCAAUGUCAUCACAAAAAUUACACAAUAUAAAAAAAAACAAAAUCAAAAA